AUGAGAGGCCAUCAUCUUGGUGUCGAAGACCUGACCAGAGGCGAUGAGGGUGUUCCAGCCACCAAACGCCGCAGAUGGGCGCUUCAGACCAUAGAUUCCGCACCAUUCCAAGCCUGGGUGGUCGUUGUAGCAGGUAUCGGAUUCUUGACUGAUUCGUUCGCUCUCUUCUGUCUGAAUGUUGUCACGCCAAUGAUCGGUUAUGUCUACUGGCCUCACAAUGUUGACAGCGAUGGCACGCCACAACUUCCGUCUUCGGUCAAGACCGCUCUGAUGUGCUCAACCCUCGCCGGUACCAUGAUCGGUCAAAUAGCCUUCGGUGUUGCAGCGGACCAGCUUGGUCGAAGAAAAAUGUACGGGCUCGAGCUCGUCAUCGUCAUCGCGGGGACCUUCUUGAUGAUCAUGAGCUCGAAUGGUGAGAAGAACAGCAUGGCCGUGGGUGGUUGGCUGAUAGCAUGGCGGACCAUCAUGGGCCUGGGAAUCGGAGCCGAUUACCCACUUUCAGCGGUGAUUACAGCCGAGUUCGCACCCAGAAAGCAUCGCGCCAGAAUGCUAAGUUGGGUUUUCUUUGCCCAGCCCAUCGGACAGCUCCUGGCCAACGUACUUUCCCUGGCAGCCGUCGAGGGAUUCAAGUCUGAAAUCACCAGUGUAUAUCCAGCAUGUCCCGCCGGGGACGAGGGCUUGCAGUGUUUCAAGGCCAUUGACCGGCUGUGGAGGACAGUUGUGGGAAUUGGUAUGAUCCCAGCCAUGAUCGCACUAGCGUUCCGCUUCACCAUUCCUGAGUCACCUCGCUACAAGCUCGACAUUUUACGAAAUGUCCAUACCGUGUUUGAAGAUACGAAAGACUUUUUUGGCGCUCCCGAAGUAGAUUCAGAAGGAGGCGAACUUGAGAUGUUGCCCACCACCCCUACUGUCGAUGGACAAGACCUAUCGAGAGUUUCGACAUCGUCCGAAAUUGCACCUGAGGAGGUGGUUGGUAGUGACAGCGAAUCUGAGCGCCGCCCCAGCUCUGUUCACCAACGCCCAACAUCAUAUCAGCACGUCCAUCUCCCACCGAAUGACCCGAAUUAUGUUCCUCCACUUGCCUCUUGGGCCGACGCGAAAGACUUCUUCAUCGCUCAAGGCAAUUGGCAGUACUUGCUCGGCACCUCCCUCUCAUGGCUAUUUCUAGACUUCGCUUUCUACGGUCUGGGACUCUCUUCUCCUGAGAUUGUCCGCCACAUCUGGCAAAACCCGGACUCGGACAAUGCAGCGUCAUCCGUAUUUGACUCUCUGCGUGACAACAGCUUGCAUACGCUCAUCAUGGUAUCGAUCGGUGCAGUAAUCGGUGGCGCUGCAAUGAUCAAAGUCAUCCGCUAUGCGAGCCCGAAAGUGAUACAGUUCUGGGGGUUUCUGGUUCUGUUCCUGCUCUUCAUUGUCACAGGUAGUGCGUGGACCAAGCUUCUUGACAGUAGUCGCUCCGGCUUGAUCGUUCUGUACGUUCUAUCGCAGAUAGCGUUCAAUCUAGGACCAAACGUCACGACCUUCAUAAUUCCUGCUGAGAUCUUCCCGACCCGUUACCGUUGCACCGCACACGGCAUCGCAGCUGCAGCCGGCAAGCUUGGCUCCUGGCUCGUCCAGGUCUUUCUCGCCUAUGCCUUCAAGUCUAACUCGCAGGAAGAACGGUACGACUGGGAACGUCAAAAUUUCGGACACGUAUUACAAGUCAUGUCGGCGUUCAUGGUCGCCGGCGCGGUCGUCACAUAUUUUCUCGUUCCGGAGACAAGGGAUCACGACGGGAAGAGUAGAACGUUGGAAGUUUUGGCAGGCGGAAAGAGGGUCCUCGAUGAGUUGAACAAGCAGAGGGCACAAGAGCAGGACUGA